AUGGGUCGCGUUCGCACCAAGACCGUGAAGAAGUCCGCCAAGGUCAUCAUUGAGCGGUACUACCCCAAGCUCACCCUCGACUUCGAGACCAACAAGCGGAUCUGCGAUGAGAUCGCUGUCAUCGCCUCGAAGCGCCUGCGCAACAAGAUUGCCGGCUACACCACCCACUUGAUGAAGCGGAUUCAGCGUGGCCCCGUCCGUGGUAUCUCCUUCAAGCUGCAGGAGGAGGAGCGUGAGCGCAAGGAUCAAUACGUCCCCGAAAUUUCCGCCCUCGACUUCACCCAGAACUCCGAGAGCGGUCAGCUCGAUGUUGACGUCGAGACCAAGGACCUGCUGAAGCACCUCGGCUUUGAUGGCAUCCCUGUCAAUGUCAUUGCAGUCACGCAAGCACAGCUUCCGGAACGUGGCGGACGGCGGUUCGGCGACCGCCCCCCUCGCCGGGACUAA